CGUCUUUAUUACUUUGUCAUGGAGGAUGUGAAAGGCGUCUUCAUAUUGAAGGGACGGGUGUCUCGCAGUUUGGCGAGAAAAGAUGUUGGAAUCGGUGGUGAGACGCGUGUCGCUACUUUUCAUCUGCCUCGGAUUGAGGACAUGACACGAUUUACGCAUUUCGUGCUAGAGUUUCCAGUCGAAGUGCGUGGAACUGCGGAAAUUCGAGCCCAAUGCGGUAUCUUGGGCACGCAGGGGAUUGACCUGGACGGUUUCGUGGGUCACGGUCAUGGUCAAGGCGAUCCGUGUGCAGAACAGCUACGUCAAGCCGUGCAUGAUGAACUGGACUCCAGUGGUGUUGUCGACUCCAGUGGCGAUGUUAUCAUGGCACGGAAGGUAGAUGUAAUUUGUUGGGAUUCAAGCGUAAAACCAGGAGUGUGUGAGGGGGAGGAAUACGGCCCGGAAAUGAUUUACUGGAAGUUGGAAGACGAGUCGAGAAACAAGAAGGGACAGAAAGAUGGCCAAAUCUUUACGGUGCGAAUUUGUUUCCAAUUGAACUCUGUAUUGGGAAACGGUAAGCACCGUAUUGUGCAAAAUGGUGAUCCUUGUGUAGCUGCACUCAGCAUUCACACUACGCCUGGUUCAACUUGCGCGGUGAAGAACGGGGAUAAAGUGAUCUUUUACGGGCCGGUAAAGAACUCGUAGAGUCUGGCGCGCCCAAUCAGUGCUACAUUCAUUCAUUCAUUCAUUUAUUACG